UAAAAUAAAUUUAUUUAUGGCUGCGACGGGUCUUCAUUGCUGCCACGUGGGCUUUCUCUAGUUGCGGUGUGCAGACUUCUCACUGUGGUGGCUUCUCUUGUUGCAGAGCACGGGCUGUAGGCGCACGGGCUUCAGUAGUUGCGUCUCGCGGGCUCUAGAGCACAGGAUCAGUAGUUGUGGCGCACGGGCUCAGUUGCUCCGCGGCAUGUGGGAUCUUCCCAGACCAGGGCUCAAACCCGUGGCCCCUGCAUUGGCAGGCGGAUUCUUAUCCACUGCACCACCAGGGAAGCCCAUCAUCAUGUAUUUUAAAUUAAUGUUCUGUAGAUUUUUUUUUCUCUCGAAUUCCUAACAUAACCUUACAUUUAUUGUAUUUUUCAGAAUUGGUGGGGGUGCCCCCUUUUUCAACAGGGAACCUGAGACAUUUUUCUUUUUUUGUAAUUGGGUAGGUGAGUUUCCAGUUUCACAAGAAAGCCUGGUUAAGUAGGUACUGCCAUUCUCCCAGAGUAAUAUCAGUGUUUGCGAACCUAUCCUGCACCCAGAAAGCUCCCAAUGACUGUGAUGAAUGAGUUUUUCUCUCCUGAGGCCUUUCUUCCCACCUGAAGAUAAAAAUCAAGGCAGGAUAAUUGGUGGCUUCACCCAGGGCAUUUUUUCACCCCUGAGGGCUUUUGGACCAGAUAACCUGAGUUCUUCCUCCUCUGACUCGGCGCAGUGGGGACCUUCCGCGCUACCACCGCACCACCCAGCCCAUCUCAAUAAUUAGUGCGACACAGAGAACCUGAUGCCACCUCUCCGGAUUGUCCGAAGCCGUUUACUUUCCCAGCUGUACUGUGGACUGAAGCCUCCAGCCUCUGUACAAACCAAGAUUUGCCUAACAAUGGCUCGUCCAAGUUCAAGUUUGGCUGACUUCCGGAAGGUUUUUGCAAGAGCCCAGCACAUCGUCAUCAUUUCAGGGGCUGGCGUCAGUGCUGAGAGUGGGGUACCGACUUUCAGAGGAGCGGGAGGUUAUUGGAGAAAAUGGAAAGCUCAGGACCUGGCCACCCCUCAGGCCUUUGCCCGAAACCCAUCCCAGGUGUGGGAGUUCUACCACUACCGGCGGGAGGUGGUGCGGAGCAAGGAGCCCAACGCCGGUCAUCUGGCCAUCGCUGAGUGUGAGGCCCGGCUGGGCAGGCAGGGCCGACGGGUCGCCGUCAUCACUCAGAACAUCGAUGAGCUGCACCGCAAGGCUGGCACCAAGAACCUUCUGGAAAUCCAUGGUAGCUUAUUUAAAACUCGAUGUACCUCUUGUGGAGUUGUGGCUGAGAAUUACAAGAGUCCGAUUUGUCCAGCUUUAUCAGGGAAAGGGGCUCCAGAACCUGAAACUCAAGAUGCCAGAAUCCCAGUGGAGAAACUUCCCCGGUGUGAAGAGGCGGCGUGCGGGGGCCUGCUGCGGCCUCACGUGGUGUGGUUUGGAGAAAACCUGGACCCUGCCAUCCUGGAGGAGGUUGACAGGGAGCUGGCCCUCUGUGACUUGUGUCUAGUGGUGGGAACUUCCUCGGUGGUCUACCCCGCAGCCACAUUUGCCCCCCAGGUGUCUGCCCGGGGUGUACCGGUGGCCGAAUUUAACGUGGAAGCCACCCCCGUGGCCAACAGAUUCAGGUUUCAUUUCCAGGGGCCAUGUGGGACGAUGCUUCCUGAGGCCCUUGCGCCUCAUGAAACUGAAACUGUUUCUUAAUUGCCCUGAGGAAGGAAGAAAUCACUGCGUAUCCAAGUACCAGGCCACCAACAGGAGAAAAGAGUCUUGCAGAUGGUGAGCUGAAUACUGAAAGGUCUGAAAAUAUCUUCUGGAAUCCAAACUGCUAAGCGAUGGGACUUAGAAGAAAUAGUAGUCAACGUGUUUAGAAGGAGAAGUCACAGAACUUCUCAAGUCAAUUCACGUUAUUUUAGUUUGAACCUAAACAUAAGAUACCUCUGAUGUGUUUGGUUGGUUAUCAGGAGGGAAACAACUUUGUAAUUAGAUUGUCUAAAAAAAGUAAUUUGUUUUGCUAUUUGGGAAGAGGGGUAAGACCCUGGUAUUUCUGAUUUUUGCGCAAGGUUUGGUGGAAAAUAAAAUCCCUUUCUACAGCAGGUAAUUGACUGUAUAAAGAUGUUAC